AUGUCUUCCUCCUCAUCAAGCCACGAGGACGAGCGACGUGCUGAAGAAUUUUCCAAUCUUGUACAACAAUUUAACCAAAUUAUUCAGGAUAUUGGUGAUCCAGAAGAGCAACCUCGUCGUCGCCGACGAGGAGCGCGGAAGAAGGCUUUCAUUCGUCGGGACCGUGAAGCCGGCGCUGUACGUUUGCACGCGGAUUACUUUGAUGAAAAUCCGGUCUACCCCGACAACAUCUUUCGCCGCCGUUUUCGGAUGCGUCGGGCGUUGUUUUUGCGCAUCGUUAAUGCCGUCGCCUCCGAUCCAUACUUCCAACAACGCACGGAUGCAACUGGAAGGCCCGGCUUCACGCCAUUGCAAAAAUGCACUGUCGCUGUUCGUAUGCUAGCUAACGGUGGGGCAGCGGACCAAUACGACGAGUAUCUCCGGAUUGCAGAGUCCACAUCGUUGGAGUGCUUGCGGAGAUUCAGUCAUGCCAUUAUUCAACUCUUCGGCGCGGAGUAUUUGAGGAGGCGACAUCAACGUGCUCAACAACUCGACGUUGUUCAACGAUCGACUGCAAGGAAUGGGGGUGCCGGUCACAUAUGA